UUGGCCUUUCCUCUCCCGCUUAUUCUCUCUCUUUCUUUCUUCUUCCCCUCUUGAUUUUCAAGUCAGAGAGAGAGAGAGAGAGAGAGAUCGCUUCGCGAAGGAAUCACUCAUGGCGGCACCGGACGAGGUCUCGAUUCUGCAACUUAUCAGGCAACAUCUCCUCGGUGAGAUCUCUCCUUCCGCUGAUCAGAAGUCUUGUUCUGAGGCUCCUUGCUCGAGCUCUCUAUCCGAUUCCGUUGCUUCUCAGACGGCUAGCUGUGACUCUCCGAGGACUACGUUUUCUGAUUACCUUAACUCAAACCGACUUAACAAUAUCGAAUCCCUCGAUUUCGUACCUAAUUCCAUCGGUUUCGACCAAAAUAUAAUUGAUUUAGUUGAAAUUGAAUCGAAGCCGAUGAUAACUGAUCUCCUUACCACCCCGGAGUCGGUUAUUUCCAGUAGCGAACCGAGUUCUAGGUCGAUUUUCGUCCAGCUACCUCCGCCAGUGAGGAAACUGGACUGGCUGGAGUUCCGCUGGUCGACUGAACUUGCGGUUUCCGUGGAAAAACCGGAGGAUCCAAGGCACUACAGAGGCGUCCGCCGGAGGCCGUGGGGGAAAUUCGCGGCUGAGAUCCGAGAUCCGAAGCGCCGGGGAUCCAGAAUCUGGCUGGGGACAUUCGACACCGCCAUUGAGGCCGCCAAGGCCUACGAUCGAGCCGCUUUCAAGAUGCGCAGCAGCAAAGCCAUUCUCAAUUUCCCUCUCGAAGCUGGAAAAUGGCGGCUCGAAGCAGCAGCCACCGCGCCUGGCGGCGAAAAUAGGCGACCGGAGGUUGAACAACAACCAAAGCGAAGGCUGAGGAAGAAAGUGAAGUCACCGGAAUCUGAUUCAUUGGUGACGAGUCGUCAGACCACUACUGGUCCUUUAACGCCAUCAAGUGGGCCUGCCGUGUGGGAUCAGAAUCCGAACGGUUUCUGUAACGUGACGCCAAUAUCGCCGUUAUGUUAUCUCCAAAGCACAGCCAAUAUUGGUAUUUUUCACAGCUUAUGAUCAUCAAAACAAAACAUGAGCGCGGAGUGCAGUGAAAUUACUCUCUUUCACCUGUGAGCUUGGCAGAUGAUGAGAAGGUUACUAUUUUGUAUAAAAACAGUUUGUGAAAAAAAAGGGACUGGUUUCUGCAGAUUUAUUGUGAUGAAUUUUCAAUUUUAAUUAAUUAAUCAUCCAAUCAUAGAUAAUGGAACGAGAUCCAGGCAUACGCAGAGAGCUACAUAAAAACUGCCCCCUCAGGUUUACAG